AUGCUGUCCUUACUUGCCUGCCACAGGAGGGAAAUUAACAAGGAAAGAUCAUCAAGGGGAACUGGAAAAGGGCAGGACAAAGUAAACAAAAGUAAAUGGUUUGCAUAUGAAGCUUUGAGGUUCAUAAAGGAUAAAAACCAAUGUAAACCAACUCUGAGCUCAUCCCUUCCGCCAAAGGUUAAUCAGGAGACAAUUUCACAGCAGGUUGAGGAUCUGGAGUGCACCGCAACUGAUGAUGUAGAGGACGAGGAUAAUGUUGUCAUGGAAGCAGAUGAUCUCGAACAGUCUCAGUCUGCAUCUACUUCAUCAAGGGAGCAACUUGUACAACCUUCUGCACCCAAGCGCAAAAAAAACAACACCUACUGGUGGUACUCAGGUGGACCGAGUUGUGGAUAUGUUGGAACGAUCUCUGGAUCGCAAUGAUUGUGACGUGUUUGGUGAGCAUGUAGCUAUGAAAUUAAAGAAGUAUGACGAGAAAACAAGAGCUACAGUUGAGUAAUACGUCAAUAAUAUUCUGUUUGACACUGACAUGGGCUAUCUUCAAGUGCCUACUCGGUAUCAGCCACCAACAUUAAUAUGGUAUUAAUGAGGUUUUCUGACCCUCCUUCACCUUAUAACAGUUCACCCUUCACGACAAGCUUCAGCUUCAGGACGUUUCCCCUUCAACACCGAAAUAUGUGAUCGUUCAGACACACUAUCAGCCACGGGUGGCAACAUAAUUUCCUCGGCUGCAGGGAGCUUAUACUCCCAAAUCCCCCAUUAAUUAUUAAGAUGAUCAGUUUAAAUUCUUUGUUCUAAACUUUUUUUCAGGUUCGCAUAUUUAAUUACUUAAAUUUUCAGUGUUGUUCUAG